AUGUCUAGUGGGGAAAACGGGCAGUCCAAGUCGGCCCCGACCUUCCCGGACCAGGCCAUGUAUGAUACAGUCCAGCGCCUCUUCGAGGAGAACGGGUCUCUGCUGCACCGAAUACGGGCGCACCAGAAUGCGGGGAGCUCGGGGGACCUGGAACGGAGUUCAAGCUUGAUCCAGACACUGAACAAGAACAUAUUGCAGAUCGUGGGCACGUAUGAGGCGAUAUCUGAGCAGUACAUCGCAUUCAUGCAGCAGCAUGUACCCAAAGCGACCAUCCCCGCGGGCAGCUGA